AUGGCUGAGCUUUCUUCAAACUGGAAGCUACUACAGGCCAAGUUGAAAGCACAGGGGACGUCAGAUGGCCCGUCCAAGCGCAAGGCCAUCAAUCUGCCAACGCUUCCAGCCAAGAGACCAAAGGUUGGGGAGAAGACGACCAAGCAACCCGUUCCGAGGCAAAAGCAAGACGGCAGCGGACACAGGGUGCGAAAAAUGGGCGGCGUGCAAAGCUCCGCCGUCAGACACGAGUCCAAGAAUGACCUUUCUUCUCCCUCGCUUGCUCUAUGGGCUGAAGACAACGACAUCUCAGCUGAAGACUUGGCAGAAGCUUAUGGCUUGGGCCUCGAAAGCAACACCAUGGCUCUGGCGUCUCAAAACGACAAGGUCAAUCACGGCUUUUCCACCGGCAUAGACAUUGGAAAGUACGUGGCCAUCGACUGCGAGAUGGUUGGAGUUGGCCCAGGGGCGCAUGAGUCGGCGCUGGCCAGAGUCAGCCUGGUGGACUUUCACGGGCGCCAAAUCUACGAUUCGUUUGUGAAACCAAGGGAAAGGGUCACAGACUGGCGGACCGCCGUGAGUGGAGUCUCACAGAAGGAGAUGCGGUUCGCAAGAGAUUUUGAAGAGGUGCAGAAGCAAGUCUUUGACAUCACCAAGGACCGAGUAUUGGUGGGACAUGACAUAAAACACGACCUGGAAGCCUUGAUGCUGAGCCAUUCGCCGCGAGACAUUCGAGAUACCGCCAAGCAUGCCAGCUUUAGGAAGUUUGGAAACGGUAGAAAGCCAGCUCUCAAGAUCCUAGCUCGUCAACUCCUUGGGGUCGAAGUACAGGACGGAUCGCAUUCCAGCAUCGAGGAUGCUCGAGCCACCAUGCUACUCUUCCGCAAACACAAGUCGGAAUUCGACGUCGAUCAUGCCAACCGAUACACGCCCAAGGCUAUAGCCACAAGCAGGCACACGGGGAAAAAACCGCGAAAGAAAAAGGACAAAAAUCCAUAG